AUUGGCUCAAGCUCCUUCAAGCUCGUCUACAAGGCUCGAUGGCAGCAGCUGCAGGGCAGCAGCGCAGACGUGGCCAUCCUGCGACUCCGAGGCAGCGGACUCACCGAGAAGAGGGACGAGCUCGAGCAGAAGGCGAAGACCUUCCAGCAGCUAGGCCGUCACCCAAACCUCCUCCGCCUCCUCGCCAUCACCGUCGAGCCAAGCUCUGGCGACUUCUGCCUGGUGACUGAGUUGGCUUCCAAGGGUUCUCUUGAUGAGAUCUUGUACAAAUUUGCCGUGGAGGAGGAGACGUUGGGUCUACUGGUGCAGCUGCAGGUGGUGAGACAGAUCUGUGACGGGAUGGUGCAGCUCUCGUUGCACGAGGUCGUACACCGGGGCCUGGGCGCGAGGAACGUGCUGGUCUUCAGUCUGGAUGCGCAGGACCACCUUGGUGUCAGUGUCAAGAUAGCGGACUACGCAGGAUGGACUGCUCAGCCGAUGCGAUGGAUGGCGCCAGAGAGCAUCGAGAGAAGACAGUUCUCCCAGAAGAGCGACGUGUGGGCUUUCGGGCUGACCAUGUGGGAGGUCUGGACUUACGGCCAAAUCCCUUAUGGGUCAACUAUCACAGACGAUGCGCUUGUAGGGUCGAAGGUGGUAGACGGAGAGCGACCUGCAGCACCUGCGUCAUGCCCUGCAGUAGUGUAUACAAUCAUGCAGGAGUGCUGGAAGAAGGAGGAGGAGGAGCGGCCAAGCUUCAGCGAAUUACAGCGAAAGCUC